AUGGCCGGGCCACACGCGGCGGCAACAAAGGACAAGCCGUCCAAUCCAAACAAACGAAAGCUCCUCGACGACAGCGACUCAGAUUCAGAUGAUGGAGCAGCAAUUGGAAGCUCAAGCUUCAAGGUGAACGAGGAAUACGCACGCCGCUUUGAGCAUAAUAAGAAACGAGAGGAGAAGCAAAGAUUGGAAGAAAAGAUCAAGAGGGAAGAGGAGAAUGAUGAUUCCUCUUCUACCGAUGAGACAGAAGACGAAGAUGGUUUCCUUGCAACCGAAGACCUAGACGCUCAAAUCUCCGCCACUCUACAAGCAAUUCGAAACAAAGAUCCUCGUGUCUACGACAAGGAUAUUACCUUUUAUCAGCCCGAGGACGAGAACGCCGAAGCCACGACCAAAGAGAAGAAGGAAAAGCCAGUUUUCCUUCGCGAUUAUCAGCGAGAGAAACUCUUGAGAGGCGACGUUGGUGGCUCAGAUGACGAAGAGGAGGCGCCAAAGACAUACCAGCAAGAGCAGGACGCAAUUAAAAAGUCCCUUCUGUCCGAGAUCGACGCCGCCAAGGCUGAAGACUCAGAUGAGGAUGACGAAGAUGAGGAUGGCUUCAUUAAGCGGAAAGCGCCAGCACAAACAGAUUCAAAUGGUCUUCACCCCUCUAGGGCAAAGGCCGUGAAGCUCUCUGAAGUCGAUGUCAACAAUGCAGACAGAGAUCCAGAAACCUUCCUAUCAAACUUCAUGGCCGCUCGAGCUUGGGUGGCUGAUGAAGGUUCAAGAUGGGAGGCUUUUGAGUCUGACGAUGGAGAAGAGGACAACCGGGCGGAAGAGUUCGAGCAGGCCUACAAUCUGCGAUUCGAGGAUCCAGAAAAGAGCAAUGAGGUUCUAAAAUCAUAUGCCAGAGACUUUGCGGCUGCGCGAUCCGUCAGACGAGAGGAAAAGACUGGCAGAAAGCGCCAGAGAGAGCUUGAGCGCGAGAAGAAGGAGGCAGAGAAGGAGCAGCUCCGUGAAGACAAGGCCCGGCUACGAAAACUGAAGCUGGAGGAAACCGAGGGCAAGCUUCGCAAGAUUAAGCAGGCGGCCGGAGCGUUUGGCAAGGAGCUGACGGAUGAGCAGUGGAUGAAGUUCCUGGAUGACGCUUGGGAGAACGAUAAGUGGGAGGAUGACGAUGAGAUGGACGUUGAUGAGGAAGAUGGCAGCAAGAGCAAGAAGAAGAAGCCCAAGAAGCCCAAGUGGGACGACGACAUCGACAUCAACGACAUUAUCCCCGAUUUCGAGGCCGGCGACGAAAAGCCAAAGAUUUCUCUAUCAGACGACGAGGCCCAAGAUGGCGAUGAUGACGACGAAGACGAACCAUCCGCCAAGAAGCUCAAGUCAUCAGAUCACAAAAAGGCCCGCCAAGAAACUCAGAAGAAGGCUCGCCAAGAACGCACAAAGCUCGAGGCUCUCGUCGACUCCAAGAUGCACCUCACAGACCACGACGUGCUCAAGGGCGAAGGCUCCGGCGGCUUCCGGUACCGCGAGACCUCGCCACAGGCCUUUGGCCUGACGGCGCGCGACAUUUUGCUCGCACCGUCGGACAAGGUGCUCAACGAGUUCGCCGGGCUGAAGAAGCUCGCCACGUUUCGUGACGUGGAGAAGAAGCGCAAGGAUAGGAAGCACCUGGGCAAGAAGGCCCGGUUGCGCCAGUGGAGAAGAGACGUGUUUGGCGGCGAGUUUGAGCACACGGGCCCGACGUAUGGGUUUGAGCGGGUAGUUGCUAAGGAGGAUGGCGAGGAGGAGGAUCUGAAGGAGAAGAGAAGGCGGGAGAAGAAGAGCAAGUCAAAAGCGGCGGAGGGCGAGGGAGCGAGCAACAUUAUUGGUGAUGUUGAUGGGACGAGGAAGAAGAGGAAGCGGUCAAAGGGGAAGAAGGCCGCCAAGGGGGAGAGCGAGAGCUGA